CAACACAGUAUCCUUAUGUCACCAUGCCUGUGUCUCUUGGUGAAUGGCGUGUCAGGAUCGGCACGUUCAUGCGCCGUCGGAGGAAAGAAUAUGACUACAACUACUUUUGGAGCAAACUUCACAACUUAAUUAAAAAAAGCAAGAAUGCGGAGCCACCCAAAGAAAACGACAAUCCUGAGUGUAACAUCUCAUCUCGUACUGGCUCUUCACCUGAUGCGAAUAGUUCUCAAGGGAACACAGCCUGUCGACCUGCGUCUCCUUACAAUGUCAACCUGAAUAACGCUCAAACCGGGCAUUCAUGUGACGUCAGCAUUAGCAGAUGUAAUGCUAAUUGUCAGACUCGGUCACCAUGUGACGGUCCAGAGUUUGAUACUGUAACGGAGAGAGGAUUCCCAUGUGAUGUAAAAAGACCCGGUCAUAGCGAUGUCUCUCACUCUGAGUCUUCGUGUGCUGAAAACAGUGGUUCUCCAACAGCAAAUGAGACCAACCCUGUCCACGAUAACACUGACAUUCAGAUCCCAGUUCCCCGACCCUGUGUAGAAGACGAAUUGGACAAUAGAUACAUAACCAUUAAUCUAGUGUCACAUGAAUACCCCCCUAAUCCCGUUCAAAUAAUAGCACCACCUGAAGUUGUCACAUCAGAAUCGUACUCAGAUGUACCUGUAGCCAUCGCGGGUGAAACAGAUCGUAUCCAAACAGACGUGGAGGAGACAUCAAGCUCUGCACCGUCGGGGAUAGAGGACCUAUCAUCGGGCUUGCCACCUAAACCAAGGCAAGAUACAACGAGAAACAACGAGCAAUCAACACCAUCUGUCAGGGAAGUAACAGAGAAUCACGUAUCACCGAAUUAUCCGAUCCCCGUAUCAGGGACAACCAGCGGUGAAGCAGAUACAAUCAAAGGAAAUGACUGUUCAGACAUGACCAACAUACUCUUAUUGAGAUCCGGUGACGUAGAACGAAACCCUGGUCCAAAUAAUAACCCUGGCAGUCUGACCGAGCUCCAGCUCUAUCUCCUUGCCGAAGGUAUGGAUCCCUCAGAUUUUAGGAAGGUCGGACUAGCAUUAGGAUUCACUGAGGCUAAACUAAGUCAGUUUGAGAAAGACAAGCUGGGCAACUCCAUGCUAGCUACCUAUCAGAUGCUUUGCGAAUGGCGGAAGACAGUACGUGAAAGCGAGGCGAGGAAGACAUUGGUCGACACGUUAGAAAGCAUUAAGCUGGUACAGCUUGCUGAUUGUGUACGAACAGGUCAAGUCGGUGAUCACAUACCCUCAAUGACAGAGGAGGAAAUCCAACGGGUUGCUGAAGAGGUCAAACGCUAUUAUGACAUUAAUCUUUGUCAGAUUCAAGCUAAUCCACUGAACACCGAGCUUACCGUUAAAUUAGAACAGAUCUUCACCAAUCUAACGUUGAUGGAAGAAGACAAAGGUACCAAGCACAAAACACCGCUUCUAUACGAUGACCUCCUCAAGACGAAAGUUAACGGGAACUAUCCUAAACGCUUGUUGGUUGAAGGUGAAGGUGGUGUAGGGAAAACCACUUUCUGCGCCAAGAUCGCUUGGGACUGGAUCCACGGAAAAGGAUAUCAAGAUUUCAAACUGGUUCUUGUCGUCCUCCUUCGCGAAGCAGAGGACAAGACUGUGGGAGAGAUAGUGAAGACGUAUCUUUCUGACAACAAUCCGGUCACAGCCAAGCAGCUAGACAAGCACAUCCUCUCAAAUUCGGAUGAAGUCUUUCUUGUCCUGGACGGCCUAGAUGAGUCUACUGUCGAUCUUAACAGCAAUCAGCAAGUCGCCCGCAUCACUUCCAAUCGUCUGUUCAAUUCAGGGACAGUACUAAUAACAUCGCGACAAUGGAGAUCAGAUGAGAUUAGGAAGAAUGCCAAUCUCAGAAAGGUGUUUGCUUUCAUUGCUGUGGAAGGUUUCUCUGUUGAAAACCUCUCUUCCUACAUCACCAAGUUCUUUCAUCCAGACACAGCUUCCUCUGAAGAUCUAAACCUAUUCAUAUCAAACAACGAUGUGAUCAGAGAGAACAUGGCCCCCUAUCCCAUAUACACAGCCAUGCUGUGCAUAAUGUGGAAAGAAUUUGAUGGAGAGCGCCGAGAGGCAAUGUCCAAGCUGCAAACAUUCUCCCAGCUAUUUGAUGAGAUGAUCCACUUUUUGGUUGAUCAUUACCUAUCGAAGCACAUUCCAUCUUCAGGUAUUGUUGAAGGCAAAUUAAGGGAACAUCGUUCAGAUAUUCGUCAUCACCUACUUCAGAUUGGCCGCGUUGCCUUCCAGGGUCUUCUGGAAAGACGGUUGGUAUUCACAGAAGAAGAGUUUCAAAGCUGUCCAGAGUCUAUAGAUGUAGGUUGCAAAGUUGGUGCGCUCACCAGAGAAACGAAAGUUCUUCCGAGGCGAGACAGAAGAACUAAUCCAAAUUUAGCAGUUCAAUCGGUGCAGUUCCCUCAUAAGCUCUUCCAGGAAUAUCUAUCAGGAAUUUAUCUUGCAUCUCUUUACAACUCAAACCGUAAUGAGUAUGACGGGUUGGUGGCGAAAAUCAUAACUGAAGCAAGAGAAUACCGCUACCUCCUGUACUUCACCUCGGCCCAGCAGAAGGAGAUCGGAUUGGAUAUCGUAUCACAUCUCACAGCAGGAAAAAAAAAGCGUAGACAUGAUGAUGACUUCGUCGUCGUCGUAGAUGUAGCAUACGAGAGCCAAGACCAAACAGUGGCCAAAGCAGUGGCGGAUCAUCUCUCUUCUGAGUCCAGCAAGACACUGAAGAUCAUUGAGGAGAUGCAGGCACACACAGUAUCAGGGCAUAUCUUCAUCAUGAAUCAUCGUGAAGUGGAUCAUCUGACUAUUGAGAAGACAUGUGGACGGACGGCUUCAGAGGACCUGGCUGAAUACAUGUGCUCAUCACGUACACUGAGAUCUGUGACGAUCAGUCGUACUAUGCAUGAUGUCUUCUACUCGGUGCUUGUGAAUAAAGCAGUCGAUUCCAAGAUUGAGACUCUGGACAUCCGCUCUGGUGAUCUCAGGAAAUGUACCGAUGCAUCAAGUAAUCUCGCUCAGUUCAUCUGUAAGAUGCCUCGUCUGAUGAACCUGACACUCCGCGGUCAGUAUCACGAAGACUUCUACUCAACAUCAUCGGCGAUGGCAUCAACUGCAAAGAUUGAAACUCUGGACAUCGGCUCUGGUGAUCUCAGUAAACGUCCCAAUGUAUCACGUGAUUUGGCUCAGUUCAUUUGUAGGAUGCCUCAUCUGAAGAACCUGACACUCAAUGGUUCCUGUCACGAUGAAUUCUACUCAACAUCUUUGGCGAUGGCAUCAACUGCAAAGGUAUGGAUUUGGAUGCCUCAUCUGAAGAACCUGACACUCAAUGGUUCCUGUCACGAUGAAUUCUACUCAACAUCUUUGGCGAUGGCAUCAACUGCAAAGAUUGAAACUCUGGACAUCGGCUCUGGUGAGCUCAGUAAACGUCCCAAUGUAUCACGUGAUUUGGCUCAGUUCAUUUGUAGGAUGCCUCAUCUGAAGAACCUGACACUCAAUGGUUCCUGUCACGAUGAAUUCUACUCAACAUCUUUGGCGAUGGCAUCAACUGCAAAGAUUGGAACUCUGGACAUCCGCUCGGGUAGACUUUGUUAUCGUGCCAAUGUAUCACGUGAUUUCGCUCAGUUCAUCUGUAGGAUGCCUCAUCUGAAGAACCUGGCACUCGAUGGUUUCUGUCACGAUGACUUCUACUCAACAUCAUCGGAGAUGGCAUCAUCUGCAAAGAUUGAGACUCUGGACAUCCGCCCUAGUGAUCUCAGUAAACGUCCCAAUGCAUCACGUGAUCUCGCUCAGUUCAUCUGUAAGAUGCCUCAUCUGAAGAACCUGACAUUCUGGGGUUCCUGUCACGAUGAAUUCUACUCAACAUCAUCGGAGAUGGCAUCAUCAGUAAAGAUUGAAACUCUGGACAUCCGCUCGGGUAGACUCAGUUAUCGUGACAAUGUAUCACGUGAUUUCGCUCAGUUCAUCUGUAGGAUGCCUCAUCUGAAGAACCUAAUACUUGAGGGUUUCUGUCACGAUGACUUCUACUCAACAUCAUCGGAGAUGGCAUCAUCUGCAAAGAUUGAGACUCUGUACAUCCGCUCGGGUAGACUCAGUUAUCGUCCCGAUGCAUCACGUUAUCUCGCUCAGUUCAUCUGUAAGCUGCCUCAUCUGAAGAACCUGACAUUCAGUGGUUCCUGUCACGAUGACUUCUACUCAACAUCAUCGGCGAUGGCAUCAUCAGCAAAGAUUGAGAUUCUUAACAUCCCUGAUUGGGAUCUCAGGGAACUUCCCUCUGCAUCACGUGAUCUCGCUCAGUUCAUAUGUAACAUGACUCAUUUGAAGGACCUGACACUUGGCGGUCAGUACCACAAUGACUUCUACUCAAAAUGUUCGUCGAUGGCAUCAUCUGCAAAGGUUGAUGUCCCUGGUAUAGAUGAUACAGAUCUUAGGCGACAGUCAUCAGCAUCAAGCAGACUGGGUCAUUUCGUCAGCAACAUACCUGGUGUGAAGCGUUGGAGGAAAUCUAGAUCAAAGUCUCAUCUAUAUAAUGCUACAUCUUCAGGGGCAUGUGCACAGCAGUCUGUACUGGAGGACGACCAGAGUACUAACACGAGCUCCACCCUGACUGAGCUGACAGUGGAUGAAUACACACUACAAGAAUGGCAUGAUUGUGGUUCGAUGUUUGACAAUGUAAAGAGGGUCACUAUACAGGUACGGAGCACGAUCAACUGUGCAGUCAUCCAGAGGAUCCAUCUACCAGGAGCAACAGAACUCACCAUUCGAACAUACGAGUGUGCAGGUCAACCGGCUGGUUUACAUGAGGAGCCCACUUCACUACCCUAUGCCUUCCUGAAUAUCUCCCCUCAGCUUGUCAAGGUGAUAUUCAGCGAUCUUGUCAUUGGCAACAGUAAGAUGGAACUAGUCUUACAAGCUUUCAGAUCACCUCACAACCUCAAACAUCUGAAGACUAUCAGAUUCAUAAGAUGCGGGACAGAUGAGAGCAUGGAUGAUGUCACCACUGCGUGCAAUGAAGAUCAGGUCAUGGAGGUGGAGGUGGAGCAUGGCAAACCACGUGGUAAAUAUUUUCGUCAUUGAUAUUGAGUUAUCAAACAGAUGACACCGUACUCGAUCUGACGAAUCAGAGGGAUCAGACGAUCUUUGCUCGCCGACAGGAACUAUAAAGAGUACAUAAAACACACCAUUAUAGGCAUAUCAUAUAAUACGUUUAAUUUGAAGAUCAGACUUUGGGUAUUACAAAUACAACUGUCAUUCAAUCGAGUUACUCACCAAUGAAUCACGUUGAUAUCCAUUCAAUAUUAUAUGGAAUGGGAUAGUGGUGAUAGUGGUGGUUA